CAAAUUUGACAUCUGGAGUUUGGAAGUUCAAACUGUACAUCCGUCCCGCUCUACCUCCGUUUAUAUCAACGCAGGCUCUUCCCGUCGUUCUCUCUCUCUCCAUCCCCACACACUCUCUCUCUUCAGGCUUAGAGCUUUCCCAGGCCACAUUGAAGGUCUCGGAGCUCCCAAUCACACAAACUGCAGGUUCAAUGAAGAAGAUUUCACUUUGAAUUCAUGCAAUACUCUUCUACAAUGGAUGCAAACAUGAACAAAGAAAAUAUAACUGCUGCCAAAGUUGACGAGUCUAAUGUCCGAAUCACACGAGCACGGGCUAAAGCCUUGGGUCCAUCAGGAGGGAUAUUCCCCCCCUCAAAAACUUCCUUAAAGCAAGAUCAGAAGCACGUUCUUCCCUCAAAUUUCAAAAGAGCAGCUGCAGAUGAGAACAAAGCUUCUAUGAUUACCUCUGCUGGCAUAAAACAUAAAAGAAGGGCAGUGCUUGGGGAUGUGACAAAUAUGUUAUGUGAAAAUUCAGAUGUGAACUGCAUCCAUGCAUCAAAAACUCAAGCUAGUGAGCCGGAUAGAAGAGAUCGUGCAAAGAAGAACACCGGGGUGGUUGCAGGUGUCACUCCAGAGAUCUCACUUGUGGAAGAGGAUGCAAAAACAAAAUUAGCUGAAGAAUUGUCAAAAAUAAGGAUGGUGGAAUCACAUGAAAUCUCAUUACCAGUAAAUUUAGAAGAGCAAGAGCCUGCAGAGAAAAGCAUGAGUAAUGAUAUAAGGGAGUAUGGUUUAGCAGAUCGGAUGCCUCUGAUACAGGCUUCCACAAAACCUGCCGGACUCCAAAGUGAUCAAAAGAAAGAAGAUAUGGUCUGGGAGGGAUCAGGAACCUCAAAUGGUCUAGACAUCGUGGAUAUUGAUUCAAAUCUAAAGGAUCCUCAACUCUGCAGCUUGUAUGCUCCUGAUAUAUACAGUAAUACCAGUGUUGCUGAGCUCGAGUGUAGACCAGCAACUGAUUAUAUGGAAAAGUUGCAGCAAGAUAUCUCUCCAAGCAUGCGGGGAAUUCUGAUUGACUGGCUUGUGGAGGUUUCUGAAGAAUAUAAGCUCGUUCCGGAUACACUUUACCUCACAGUGAAUCUCAUUGAUCGGUUUCUCUCCAAAAACUAUAUUGAGAAAACAAAACUCCAGUUACUUGGUGUUACAUGCAUGCUAAUUGCCUCGAAGUAUGAGGAAAUCUGUGCACCAAGAGUGGAGGAAUUUUGUGUCAUCACAGACAAUACCUACAUGAGAGGAGAGCAGGUAUUGAAGUUGGAGAGUCAAGUUUUGAACUUCUUGCACUUUCAGCUAUCUGUUCCUACAACCAAAACAUUUCUCAGGAGAUUCAUUCAAGCAGCGCAAGCUUCUUACAAGCUUCCUUCUGUCGAGCUUGAGUUCUUGGCAAAUUAUUUAGCAGAAUUGACACUUCUCGAAUAUAACUUCCUAAAGUUUCUACCUUCCCUCAUAGCUGCAGCUGCUGUGUUCCUGGCCAGAUGGACACUCGAUCAGUCAGAGCACCCAUGGAAUCCGACUUUAGAACAUUAUACCAGUUACAAUGCAUCAGAAUUGAAAACUACGAUUCUUGCACUGGAAGAUUUGCAACUGAACACCAAUGGUUGCUCCCUAAAUGCUAUACGCGAGAAGUAUAGACAACAGAAGUUCAAGUGUGUGGCAACUCUGACCUCUCCUCAACCGAUUGUUUCACUCUUUGAAAAUCAUGAUAGCUGACUCAUCUCUUAAGGAUGAAUGAAAAAUUUACAAGGUGGAACUUCUCCCUUCAUUCUGACACUACAAGGGUGAUCAAGACCUCAAGUUACUAAACUUAUUUUCUAUCUAAUAUUUACAGUUUUUGUUCUUUACCAUGUCGUUUGUUGUAGCAUCUUAUCCAGUUCUGGUGCUUCCAGAUCUGUCCUUGUAACCAACCUGAAAUUGCAGAGCAUGACACAUUUGAGGCAGUAACCUAUAUGCCCCUUUCGGCAGAAUAAUGAUCAAAAGCUUCCUCUAGCCCAUGGGAAGUUUCAAUUGCACCUAGGAUUCCUGGGUAGCUAAUGCGCAACGGGAAAUAUAGCCUACUUGUGAACUAAUGUAUCUAAAACCUUCAUAUGAAAAGAAAAAGAGAAAAAAAAAAAAAAAGUAAUUCCUUUUGGCAGAAAGUAA